AUGCCACGUCAGCGCGAGGGGGGCGGGGGCGGUGGAGUGAAGAGGGGAGGACGGGCCGAAGCAUCGCGGCAAAAAAGACGUAAAUUCGGCGACGACACGCCACUGAUUUGUUAUUCCAACAUGACCUUCCUUGACUCCGGACGUAUCCUGUCGUCACUGCAGCGAUACGCACGAGGCAUUGUUUUAAAUCGCUUUGCGUUGUGCGUCGUCAAGCCUCCCAAUGAGCGGGGGUGGGACGAAAUCAAUCCGUUGAUCAGCCGCUGCAGCGUGGGGGAGUCAACGACCGGCCCAGUGCAUCGCGCCCCCGCCGGGCCCAACGCACGCGACCGCUCCGGAUGGCUGCCGGUUCAACGACCCCUUCGACCCCCCGAACAAACCCUCCGCACUCGCACUAGUCGUCGC